CAAGGACUGGGAGCCUCACAGUCAGGCUGCGACGGGCAUUGUCACUGCACAAUGCUCCUUUAUUCUGCUGCUGUGUAUAAGGCACUGGGGUCUGUCCCGGCCUCCCUGCCUCUUCAGUCCAUUAAGCAGUCAAAGAGCUGAAAGUCCUCAUAAUCCCGUGCAACUGGGCCCGUGCCCUGAAGGUGAGGUAGCCGCUGUCGCUAUGGCCCACAUCAUCGACCUGGUGCCCUGGGACGACGGUUCCAUGCACGUGUGUGCAUGCCCCGUCAUCCCGCUCCCGCUGGAGCGGCAGCGCAGGCAGCUGGCCAGCGUGAAGCGGCAGCUCUACCACCCCGCCCUGCCCACCCUGCGCCGCAUGGACAUGGACACUGUCAAGGCCUGCCUGCCGGACGAGCACUGCCAGACCACCACCUACUGCCGCAAAGAUGAGUUUGACAACGCCCAUUUCACUCUCCUCGGGGUCCCCAACAAACCCCUGCAGUGCUUGGACGUCACGGCGACCGGCCGGAAGCUCCACAGCAGGUGCCGUGAGGGAAAGCUGGCGCCCAUCGCGCCGGGCAUCAACCGGGUCGACUGGCCGUGUUUCACGCGCGCCAUCGAGGACUGGUCCCGCCUGGUGUUCUCGGCCGGGGAGUUCAAGCUACCCUGCCCAAGCCAGCGGGUCGAGGGUUUCAGCGGCUACGCGGUGCGGUACUUGAAGCCCGAAGUGACCCAGAGCUGGCGGUACUGCCUCAACCAGAACCCCAGCCUGGACCGCUACGGACAGAAGCCCCUGCCUUUCGACUCCUUGAAUACCUUCCGCCGCUUCGGCUCCCACUACAGUCGUGUCAACUACCUGACCCCCUGGCAUUAAUCUGUGGAAAGGAGGCUGACCUCCAGGCUGCUGGACUGUGCCACCUCAGGUCCCCUGGCCGGACAGAGGGCAUAUGGUGGCACCACCCAUCUCCCCAGGGGUUCAUCCUGACUAGAAAUAAACCUGCUGCUUCCUCAGGGA